AUGGCCUGGCACACAACCUGUGAUUCCUUCUUCGUCGAGUCGGCUGAACCGGAACGGGAUGGAAUCUAUGCUGCCCGCAAGAAGAGACAGGAGAAGGCCCGUAUCGACGCCGAGACUCAGAUGGAGAUUGCUGAUGAGAUGUCCCGAAUGGUUUCCGAGGAGUACCAGGAAGAUAUUUUAGACCACAUGGAGGUCAUGGAGUCCGAAACCUUGCCAGAUGUUGCUAGCAUCGACAUUCAGACCGAGAUCCAAUGGUUUAUGCGACCUUACCUUUUAGACUUUCUCAUUGAAGCUCACACAGCGUUCCAACUGUUACCGGAUACACUAUUCCUUACCGUCAACCUCUUGGACAGGUACUGCUCGAAGCGAGUUGUUUACAAGCGCCAUUACCAAUUGGUUGGAUGUGCAGCGAUGCUCAUUGCUGCUAAGUAUGGUGACAAGAAGGACAGGGUACCGACUAUCAGGGAAUUGAAGGCGAUGUGCUGCAACCUUUACGACGAAGACAUGUUCAUCCAGAUGGAGUGGCACGUUCUUCAAACGUUGGACUGGGUUGUUGGGCACCCGACUGUGGAUAGUUUUCUGCAAAUGGUUCUGCAGGAGGUCAACUACGAUCCCGAGGUGGAAUGCAUGGCCAGGUAUCUUUCGGAAAUAGCGCUUUUCCACAAGGACUUUGUUAGCACCCGACCAUCCGUCAUGGCAAGGUCUUCGCUGGCUCUUGCGCGCCACAUUCUUGGCCGGGCUAUGCCUCGUCACUCGGAUUGGGCUGGAAAAUAUGAUACCACAGUUGUUGUCCUCUUGUCUCAACAACUUCACCGACCUUCCCAGAUCCUCAUCCGAAAGUACUCUAGCCCGGAAUAUGCAUGCGUAUCAACUAUCCUGGAAGACUUCAUGGCCCGUCGGGCCGCUGUUGAUAGGAACACGCGUGGACCUCCUACGCCACCAUCCGAGGAGGUUUACGAGGCGACCAAGGCUGCUAUCGAAGAAAGGAAGCAUGAUCAAAACUCAAACUGCAUGACCCCUCAACCCAAAAACCAGUCAUCUUUAGGAUACAUCACUCCUCCUGUGUCACCUAAUGGUGGAUAUUAUGUCGACGAAGACCUUGUGCUGCCAAGUCAGAUGGACGUAACGCCUUCGAUCCCCCAAUACCAUUAG